CUCGCGCCUACAGUGGUGGAAUCGAACGUCCCCGAGCGCACACGGCGUAGAGAGGAGAGUACGGCGCACGAGUCUCUGGAAGGAAGAUAACGGUUUCUUUUUUGCCCCCGCUCCACUCAAACAACAAGAACAAACCAAACCUGUUUUUUUAGGGGGGUUAGAGAGUCUUCUCAUCACAAGGAGGAGGGAAGGAUUGGAGUCGCAAGUUUUUUUUUUUCUUUUUCGUUUUUUUUUCUUCCUUUUCCUAAAAGAGGAUUCUGUGUUUCACUGUGGUUUGUUCUUCGCUCUCGCCGCAAAGAUGAUGGUCGGAGAGGUCGAAGUGAAGGAGCGACCGAGGCCGAGUCCCGACUAUUUGAUGCAACUAUUAAACGAGAAGAAGCUCAUGACCAGUUUGCCAAAUCUCUGCGGUAUCUUCACACACCUGGAGAGGCUUCUUGAUGAAGAGAUCAACAGAGUGCGUAAAGACAUGUACAGCGACACAGUGAAUGGCCUUGUGGACCGACACCCUCUGGAGCUGCCUGAGCCUCUCGGACCCAUCGUCCACCUGCAGGAAAAACUGUUUGUGCCUGUCAAAGAGUACCCUGAUUAUAACUUUGUGGGGAGAAUCCUUGGCCCUCGGGGACUAACAGCCAAACAGUUGGAAGCAGAAACGGGAUGCAAAAUCAUGGUGCGAGGCAAGAGCUCCAUGAGAGACAAGAAGAAGGAGGAGCAGAACAGAGGGAAGCCAAACUGGGAACAUUUAAACGAAGACCUUCAUGUCCUGAUCACAGUGGAAGACACACAGGGCAGAGCUGAGAUCAAGAUGAGGAGAGCGGUGGAGGAGGUCAAGAAGCUCCUCGUACCUGCUGCGGAGGGAGAAGACAAUUUGAAGAAGAUGCAGCUGAUGGAGCUAGCGAUCCUCAAUGGGACAUACAGAGACAACAACAUCAAAGCACCGGCAGCAGCAAACGCUCAGGGCCAACGGCUCAUAGCGGCCCCCACAGGUCAGGUGUUACCUCCCCAGGCACUCCGGCCCCAAACUCCAUCUGGGGGCCCCAUCAUGAACCUCAUCCGGCCCACUCAGAUGGCUGCCAUGCUGCCCAACGGCACCCCCACCCUGGUGCCUCCCACACCGGAUGGCGGGCUUAUCUACACCACCCCUUACGAUUACCCUUACGCCCUGGCACCCACCUCCCUGCUGGAGUACCCCAUCGAGCACAGUGGGGUUCUAGGUAAGAGAAUCUGGGGAAGCAUGGGUCCAGCAGGUACAGCGGCCAGCUUUAGCCAGUAUGGACAGGAGGGCAACUUGUUUUACCAUGGAGCUGGGGUGCUGGAUGCAGCUGCCAUGAGCCACAGUCAGGACUUGUUGAAAGGUGCAAUGGCUACUAAAGUGAGACGGCAUGACACGCGGGUCCAUCCUUACCAAAGGAUUGUGACCGCUGACAGAGCCGCCACCGGCAACUAACACAUGACCUUCUGACCUCUGAACUCUUCACCCAAUGACGAGCCGCCCCAAGCCUGCCUGCUGAUCAGUUAACUGGUAAUUGCCUUUUGCUAGCCUCUCGGACGCAAGUGAGAGAGAGAGAGAGAGAGGCGCCUGCCCAUACAGUUACUUUAACACGUUCUGACAAAAAAUAGAAACCAAUGCAGAAUCUCUACAGACACACAACAAAACCCAACAAAGUUGUGUAAUAUUCAUUUUUUUCCCUCUGUUCAUUGAGUUAAAUUCCCAUUCUUUCUCUUUCUUUUUCUUCAUGAAUCAUUUACUGGGUGGAUGUGUUUGUGGUAUUACUCAUAACUCUGCACUGAAUUAUAUAGCAAUAAAGACCCCCACCCCAACCUCCCCAACCGCCCUCCUUUAAUCGCUCUAAUUUGGUGACCUCACUUGUGUGACUCAAAGUUCAAUAUCUAUUUGACGCAAACCAUUUGGUUUCAGAGUAAUGACAUCAUCCCGCUUCCUCCAAAAAAAAAGCCUUUACUUGCCCCACCCUGUUCAAACACCCACCUAUUGGGGGAGAAAAAGAAAUAGAAGGAAAGAGAACAUACUCCCACAUUAACUUGUUUUAAUUUCUGUCAUUUUUCACAUGUAGUGCAGUUGUUGAGCUCUAAAAUGUAACUAUGAGCUGACACAUUCUGGGUGUGCCCCUCCAAACUGCUUUCUGUCCCGUUUUUAAAAAGCAUGGCUGAAAUGAUUGCAAAAAAAGCUUUUUAUGAUUUAUGUGUUUUUUUCCUGUCUUAUUUUUUUGAUUCAUUUCUCCACUUGAUAUUGGUUUCUGUGUUAUUCAUAUUUGACUAAUUAGCUUUGCUUAAAUUGAAUAGCCAAAAUAAGGCAGGGGGUUAUCUCUGGAAAACAAAACGCAAUCUGGUGUUUGAAACAGGCUGCAGAAACUAAGAAAUGAUGAAGGGCAAGAUGGGAAGGUCUCUAUUUUGGCUGAUGGGUCUUUGUGUGUGUGUUUCUUUUUUAAUUAAUACUACAAUGAAAGUAGGGUGUGCUGAGGCUUCGGGGACAUUGGAGCAGUGCUUAUUAGCUACUGUUCAUUGCUACGCCCCCAUCCACACUACAUCCAUUAUACAGUGCCUGAUGUAUUUAGAAAAAUAUCUCAAUGAGUUAGCUGAGCUGUGAUUGAAAAGACAAAAAAAAGUAUUAAGUGUGCAUAUUUAGCCAAAGGGUUUUCCAAUGAAUUAUAUAUCUGCUAUUAUGCAUCUGUCUCACAGAGGGCUCUCUCGCUCUCUUGUGAUUUUAGAGUUUGGAAGGGUGUGAAUUUGUGGUGCCUGCCUUUAGCUGGAACAGACAGACAGUUAGAUGAGUUUUGACCCAUUAAUGCUCUACUUUUUCUGAGGAGAUGAAUGCAGGCAAUAAACACUAAAAUCAACAAGCUACUCAAUUACAGUACAUUGCUAGGGGGAAGGGCACUUUGAAGUGUACAACUUGUACAUAAAUGCUUUUGUCAUGAGGCUUCUAUCUUGAGUUGUUUCAUCAGCCACGUUGCCAAACGAGUGUUUAUUUCUUUAUUUUUCUUUUUUUUUCAUCUCACCAUUUGGCCAAUUUUUUAAGUGUCUUUUUAUUUGUAACCCGUCAUCAGUUAGGACAUCAGGUGGGCAUGCUCUGAGCCUUCCUGCUAAUAUAUUUUUUAGUUUUGAUUAUUUUAGUGAUGAAGCAUUUAUUUUGAGCACAUGACGAACCCUCCAAAAGCGCAUCCACAAUGUGUCACACCUCCCUGUGAUCGUAGCCUCGCUCCUGAGCCCACCCUUUUUUUUUUGUUCAACUCUCUCAAGAAAAAAAUAGGAUGUGAAAGCCAUGCCUGCCUGUUCAAAUUGCUUUAUACAUACGUCUUAUAUAUAAAUAUAUAUAUAAAUAUAUAAAAAUGUAGAUAUCUGUCAUUGCAUAUACAAAUACAGAAGAGAACAAAAAAAUAGAUAAUUUUACAGGGUGCUGGAGAAGAGAAAAAAAUUGAAAAAUCUAUUUUUGGCAAUUUUAGCUUUUGAUACUUGCAGUUACAAAAUCUGAAAAAAAUAAAAUAAAAUAAAAAGUUUAAAACAGUAUAGGGGGAAAUCAGAAAAAAAACUGAGUGGGUGAGGACAAAGUGCUGUUAUCUUGGAUAUGAUUGGAAAGGAAGACGAAGACCAAAACAGUCAUAACCCUUAAAAGUUAGCGAGGAUCAGAGCAAGAGAGUUUUAAAAGGAUCAAAUCAAAGUGCCUUAUCAACAGUGGUUUCUGUUUUUUGAGUAUUCCAGUUGUGUUCAAUAAUAUCCAGCACCCACCAAGAUGGCGCAGAGAGGAAUUGCUAGUGUUACACGCUCUGAAUAGUCGAGCAGGGUAGCUCCCACCGUAUCGUGGUGUUACCGAAGUUAUUCUAUGCAAAAAGAAUAGCAGUCAUUUUGACCAGCUAAAAUAUGUGCCAUGGUUUUGUCUUCCUGAAAUUUUUUUUUUUCCUUUCCUUUACUUGAUGGCCCUUUACUCUGCUGUAUGUGCAGGUUUUGUUCUCUUUAUUUAGAUUUUAAUGACAUGAAAUGAGAUUUUUGGUGACUGUGAUUAACUUCCUAGAACAAAUCGAACUGCCAAUAGCAAUGCAGUAGUCUGCCAGAACAUGUUUUGAUCAUGAGCUGAGAAAAAUACAUAACGUUCAAGGGAAUGGAUAGAGAAUGGGGGGAAUCGUCCCUGCUGGCAUUAAGCCCAUUUGUUUCAACAGCUGCAAACUGAAAGCAUCCAGUCCAUGUCUCUCGAUGUCAAUUUGACAACAAACUAUCAAUACAAUAAUAAGAUUUAUAAUGGACGAAUGAAAUGCUGGAUAAUGAAACAAGCAAUGCUGUUUCACAUCCAAAUAGUUUUCAGUUACUGAAACAACUGACAGUUUAUUGCUGGAAGGUGAAUUAAACUCAUAAUAUAAAACUUGAGGAAUUCGUAGAUCCCAAUAUUACCCUUGGCAGUUUGUUUUUCUAUUCAUAGCUCUUUCAUCAUGCUGUUACACCGAAAGGUCAAUGAAUUUUUCUUUUUCAGUGUUAUUUUAAAUUGAAAUGCAAUAUUAAAGUGGAGCAAGUGAUGGCUAUUCAGCAUAUGACAGUAUUAAGAAAAUUCCCUCUGCAAUGUUACAACUUGCUGUGUCAUUGUGAAAGGCUGGAUAAGUCCAUCAGGUGAAAGGUUAACUAUACCUACCGUAUUCUCUCUGGCCUGCCUACUACAUGUAUAAUAAUGUAAUUAACAGCCAUUGUUACAGGUUUAUAAUGUAUUUUUCUAAUCUCAUUUUAUAUGUAUAUUAAUCAUGUUUCUGAGUGCUUUUUUUUUAUGAGACCCACUGCAACUUUCCCCCCCUAAACAGCCCCUCUCUUCCUCCCCCCAUCCCUUCUCUUUUACAUCUUGAAAACUGUCUCUUGUGGGGAGUGUUGCCUUUUCCCUGUUAUAUUUGGUUUUGUUUUCUUGCCAAUUCCCAGCUUGUUUAACUCAUUAGCUACUUUAUUAGUUUUCUUGUCAUAAGUAUUUUUACAUGCUUGCAUUUAGUUUUCAUGGUGUAUGCUGUUAUUUUUCUUAUUAACCUCUUGGCAUUUAUUUUAAUAAAACAUUCUUAGUAAGAAUUUUA